AUGGAUGCAGAUACUCUUGCCCAUUCCCGAAGAGAUAUCGAGGAGCUUCUGAAACAAAUAUGCGAGACAAAAGAGAUUCAACAAAGCAACAACGAUUGCGGAGAAUAUGCGGAGAAAAUCCAGGACAAGAUGGACGUUUUCAAGGGGAUCAUUAACUUCGCAUUGAACAUGCAGGAAGCUGCUGAAACUGAACCUAUUCGAGUGUUCACCUAUGAUUUUUUGGGUGUAAUGAUUCCAAAAUUGGAGAACGCAAAGUAUGACUGUGUGGACACUCGCGAAGAAUUGGACAACAUCGAGAGAGAUCUCCGUCAACUCAUUUCAUUCUGGAAUCCAGAAGCUCUGAUGGUUGAUGUUAUCCAGGAGAUGCGUCGAUCGCCCUCAUUUUACUUCCCUAUACUUUAA